UUACAUUGAAUUCUAAAUGAUAUGCUAAAUAAUAUUUGUUUUGCAACGCCACACGUGUCAUUUAUUAAUCAAAGGCUUCUAAGAAAAUGACAGACAAACGAUUUAUUUAUUUACUAAUGUUUUAAAUGCAAAACCUAAUGCGUACUCGUUAUUAAUUAAUAACUUGUAGAACACUACUUGUAUGCAAAUACCAGUUCAGAGUUGAUGGAUUUUUAUAGUGUUUUGAUUUGAAACUGUCAGAAGUCGGGUUCCAGUGUCAUCAUAAGUUAAACGUGUCUAGUGCUGAUUGUAAUAGGAGAAACCUGCUUGCAUUCUUACGAACUAAAAAGCAGCAUUUGUCGCAUAACUCUUCCCGACAAUUAGUAAUUCACCCAUGAUUUCGAUAUAAUUUUAUAUAAAAGCUGCGGCAGUGAAAUGGCAAUCAAUGCAACCAUAACACUUGCAACAUGAAGUUCAAACUUUUCUUUGGCCUUGUGCUGGCUGUCAUAGCUCUGGCUUUCGCCAAUCCCAACGCCAUUAACCAUCAUGAGCAAUUGCACGGGGGUGGCGGCGGUGGUGGCGGUGGCGGCGGUCUGGAACUCGAACUUGGCGGCGGUGGUGGAGGCGGCGGCGGCGGCAAAUAAGCUGUCCAGCCAUUUACAAUGUAUACUCGUUGACGAUUUAAGCAUUUUUAGUUUUUGUUUUAUUCAAUAAAAAAUACUUUCCCUUUAAGCAAAAAAA